GGGUUGUCGUUUUCGUUUUUAAUGACCUUGGGGGGGUGUAGGGGAGGCAUCCUUAAAAACGCCGCCCCCGCCUGCCCAUGCCAUAGCGGGUGGCAAAGAGGCGCAGGGGGGCCAGACAGCUAAGGCCAACGAGCGGAGACGAGACCUCUUCAGCACCAGUGCAGGAAGCAGCUCAAAGCCAGAAUGGCAUCGCCUUCCCUGAGCCACGUUGGAUUCCUUCUAGCCAUGAUGUUCCUACCGGAGCUCCUCGGGGCAGUCCCACUGGAGCAGCGCAAGGAGGACCAAGUCGCCGGGGUACCUGAUGACACGAAGGCUGAGGUCACGGCCAACCUGAGAAAGUCGCUGCGCCACAGGAGGAACGCGCCCGUCAUGACGGUGCCCCGCUUCCAACGCCUCCCUGACUUCUGGACCUGGUACAAAUAUUUCAUGGACAGCCACAACCAGGAGGGAGUUGAGGAUUUGGACCGGCUGUACGUGGCGUACCUUCAAAACAAGCACAGGACCGAAGAGGAGCCUUCCUUUAACCAUUACCUCAAACACUUGAGCGAAAUCUACAAGGCCUGCGCCGACUCCGAAGACCCGGAAUGCAUCGCCGAGUCCACCAGCAAGCCAAAGGCGGCCGCGGCGAUGCCCGCCGCAAUCCGGUCUUCCGCCGUCCGGAUGUGUAACCCCUACGUCGACCCCUACUGCCUCUUCCCGCUGACCUCUCGGGCCAUCGCCGGCCCAGAGCCCCGACCGGCCCCGGCCGAGGCGCCCGCGCCCGCCCCCGUCCCCGUCCUCCCCCCCGCGCCGCCGAUGCCUAUGAAGAGCUUCUACCACUACGCUCCCAUGCCGGAGCCCUUUCUGAGCCACGAGCAGAAGGCUGAGCUGCUGCGGAUCUGCAACCGCGAUGACGUCGAGUGUCUUCAGUACCACCUGAGGGCGGCGUACGGCUACCGACCCGCCGCCGGUCCCGCUCCGUCCUACGCCGCCCUCAAAUGCCACCCCGAGGACCCUUAUUGCGAUCCAACGAUGGCUCAAAAGGCGCCCGCGGGCUAUCACCAUCCGCGCUACGCAAGCUGCGACCCGGCCGCGGAUCCCUUUUGCGCGGGCAACGUCGCCGCUCCCGCCGGCCUCGGUGCCGACUCGCCACUUCCGGAGCGGCGCUGUAACCCGCUGUUUGAUGCCGGCUGCCACCCGUUGACCGCCACCAAGUUGUCGAGCCUCGGCAAGCCCGUGGUUCCGGCGUACGCCGCGAAAGGCCAGCCCGCCCGCGUCGCCUCCCCCUUGACCUGUGACCCCCGCUACGAUCCCUACUGCAUACUGGCGGCGGCCGCCGCCCUGCGCCAGCCCCGACCGCGACUCCCGGAGCAGCAGGUCCGCUACAAGCUUGGCAUCCGCGGCAAGACCGAGGAGGGCGACGACUGCUACGUGCACUAUGACAAAGACUGCACCCCGCUCGACCCCCGGCGGAAGGCCGAGGCUCCGGCCCAGCCCCGCUGCCACCCCUUUGACCCCACCUGCGCAAAGUUUGCGCCACCCCCCGCCGUCCGAGCCCGAGGACCCGGCGAGGGCGCCCUCAUCCUCCCUGACCCGCACUGCGACCCGGAGCUCGACUACAACUGUCGCCUGCGUCGUGCCGACGCGGGCGACGAGGAGAAAGUGGCGUCGCAGCUCGCCCACAAAACGACCAAGGAGGCCACAAAAUCCAGCUUGCCUCGUUUUGAGGACUUCCUCCGUGGCGUCAUGACCGGCCACAAGUCGAUUUAAAAUAACCCUCACAGAAAAACCUGAAGCCAGUACAAAAAUUGGAUUUUUGGGGGGGUGUUAAUCUGCAGUUCAGUCAAAUGACAAAAGUUGUAUGGAUGUCGAAAAAAGUCAUACGUAUGUAUGUAGAGAUGUUUCUGUUAGAUUGUGUUAGGUUGCAGCGAGUAUUGUAGAUUGUGUUGUCAAUAUAGAUUUGAAUAUCGACUU